AAAAGUCACAGAAGAAGUAGAAUAUCACCUAUUUUUAUCAUCUUCCAGAAUGGCAUCUAAGAAAGUUGGAAGACUCGUGGAAUAUUUCGUGCUCUUGAUUGUUACAAAUGGGAACAUAUCCGACAUGGAGGAAACUAAAAAAGCUAUUGUAAAGGCAGCCACAUUGCCAAUGUCUAUUGUGAUUGUUGGAAUCGGAGGUGGUGAUUUUGAAGCAAUGAAAGAACUUGAUGGUGACGUGGUGAGGUUGUUUUAUAUCGAUGGCAAAGAAAAAAAAGAUGCCAAAAGAGAUAUUGUACAGUUUGUUCCUUUUCGAGAUUUUUCUGCAAGUAAUAAAUACGAAGUGAUAAGCAAGCAAAGAUUGAGAAAAGAAGUUCUCCAAGAAAUUCCGGAUCAAUUCCUAGAGUAUGUUACUUUAUCAACGAAAAGAUCGGAGUCACAAAGUUCGACGUAAAGUAUUAAGAAGAAAAAAUGGUAUACAAUAGUUUGGAACUGUGAACAAAAGAAAAUUAUUUGAGCAACAGAAAGAAGAUAUAUCGGUCUAACAUGCAUUGUUUCGGGAGGUUAUUACCGAGAGGAUUUAAUUUAAAUCAGCUCUUGAAAACAAAAGCUUAGCAAAGAACAAUUAGCCUCAAACAUGACAUACAAUAUGAAAUUGUUGAUUGAAAAUUAGACAUUCAAUUUCAUUUUGACACAAAUCUGGAGCUACUGACCAGAUUGUUAUUGGGUUUUUGCUUAUCUUGAUAUAGUGUGACAACAGUGAGUACAACAAGAUCAAUCGUAAUUGGAGUAAUAAUAUAAUAUAUUUUUAUGUGUUUUUAGGGCAAUAUUGCUACACCGAAUAAAAUGAG